AUGGAUGAUGGUGCUCAUUCGCUGGCGGCCUGCAAUAGCUGCUCGCCAGACAGCCGCACCAUGGCAUUACACAGACCUCGGCGACGAGGCACGCCGUAUCGCAGCACGCAGCACGUUGUGCGCCAACGGCGCCUCAGCUGCGUGGAUCCGUUCGGGGCGGCGAACCAGACGACGACGACGAGAGACCUGACAAGAUGGCACAGAAAGAGGUGGGUGGAGAGGGUCGCCACGAGAUGCGGGCCGGCAAGAUGGCGGAUCGCAAGCAGCCAACACGUCAGGCCAGGCAGGGUGGGUUGGGGCUUCGGCAUGCCCGCCUGCCUGCUGUUGGCUUGGCUGGCGGCCAUGUACGUGAUGCGUUCGUCAUGA